CCUUUGAGCAUAUACAUACUGUCCAGAGCUUCCGUAAAAUUACCGAAAACUGCUCUCAGUUCGUCACCAGCUACUCACUUUUGCUGCAUCCGUAGGCGCGAGCAAUGGCGGCGAGGAGUGCUCUGCUCAGAUACCUCCGAGUGAAUGUUAAUCAUCGUGUACUGGUGCCGCAAAACCCUAGAAAUGGCGCCGGCCUGUCUCAGCUGAUCAAGCGCUACUUCUCCGACGAGGUUAGGGGCUCAUUCCUCCAUAAGUCGGAGGUUACUGAACGGGUCGUGUCCGUUGUGAGGAAUUUUUCGAAAGUCGACUCCUCUAAGGUCACUCCAAAUGCUCAUUUCCAGAAUGAUCUUGGACUCGACAGCUUAGACACCGUGGAAAUCGUGAUGGCCCUUGAAGAAGAGUUUAGCUUCGAGAUUCCUGAUAAUGAAGCCGACAAAAUACACUCAAUCCACCUUGCUGUCGACUUCAUUGCAUCUCAUCCUCAAGCUAAGUAGCCCUAUCAAUGCUUAAUUUCUGCGAUUUCUUUACCUCGUUAAUCUUACCUGACAUGCCUCCACAUUUUUCUGUGGCUCUGAUGAUCAAUAAAAAAACGACACUCAAGAUGAACUAAUUCGGGACCAACAUUUGUUGUGUUCGGGUUGAUUGAGUGUUAUAUGAUACGUAACUUGCCCGAUGACGACCCGACAUUGUUAUAUGAUCAACAAGGCUUGAUUCAUACACAUUUUUGAGGAAAGGUAUCUGUGUUGGUAUUUGAUUCAAUUUUAUUAUCGGUAGCAUUGGCCAAACAAUUCGAACCGAACUGAAUCAAAUCGAAUUUUCGGUUAACCGAGCAAAUUUGGUUCGAAUACAAAUACUGCAUAUUUGAUA